UGACGUCAUCGCGGGACUUUCCGGAUACGUCACUCGGGGCUUCCGAGUUAUCAAAGCUAGCUCUACCUCUGUGUUCAUGACGAUUGACACUGUAAACGUCGCCUCGUUGCUCUGGAGUAAACACCAACAGAGACCAUGAAGACGCCAAAGGCUCCUAACGGCACCGAAGGCUUGGAAUAUUGAGACGACGUCGUGCGGAGCGACGGUCGGACUGAGAAGCGGAAUGUCAACAACGCGGCCUCUCCUCGGAAUGAGACGAGUCACCGAGCUCGCGUGCCCGGAGCAGCCGACCAGUAGGCUCCCUGCGUCAGCCGGGAAGCAGCAGCCAGAGACCCCUACCGUGGACGAGUUUACAGUGCUAGAGGAUAAAGAAGAUGAGCUGAAAUGUGCCAAGCCUCGAGUGGAGCAGGUUUUUAAAGUGACGUUCACCAUUAUCGGUCUGUUGGACCACACGGGACAGCCGCACGGUAGCAAAACAUCACGGCAGAUAUGGCUGCAGCUCAGGGGGAACAGAGACGACGUGUCAAAGGCAAAGGAAUAUGUCCGAGGACUGUGUGACCCAGAGCUGCAGAAAGAAGAGAGGUACCCAGUGGACAUGCACUGUAUCUUUGCUGGGGCCCGGGGCCUCUUCCUGGACAGGCUCAUACGGGACACAAGUGCUGAAGUUGUGGUGCCUGAGCCGGGCCGCCUGCGGUUGUUGGGCUGGGCCGAACCCGUAGUGAUGGCCCAGAGCAGAGUUCAGCAAUUUGUAGCACUAUUCCAGGAAAAGCGAAGUCUACCGAGCGACCGAGAGCUGGCAGUGAAACGAGCGUUCAAGUCCUUUGUGGAGGAAAGGGACGAUAAGUACACUAUGGAGCUUCUUUUGCUGCCCAGCGCGCUGAAGGAAGAGUUACUGGCACUGGCUCAUAGCCCCACUACCACCAACACAGCCUACCUGGUUCAGCUCAACCAGACGCUGCAUCUCAGCAUGGCAGAGGUGGACCAGGACCGCUCUCAGAGCAGCACCCCUGUGACAGAACUCUCCAACCGCAUCCUGGGCACCAGCUUCGAGGAGAAAGGGACCGCAGCGGCAUCGAUUGGCGGAGGUAGUAAAGCAGGCGGAGCGAUAGGCUUCGGUCCGGAGGCCGUCCUGCUCAACGGCACGCGGCCCUCACACAAGCGGCGCUCGUCUGAGAGCGAGACUCGCGACACAAAGAGACAGUACUCUCUGGAGCGGAGGGACGAGUCGCCGGAGAGAGCGAGAGAGAGGGAGCGACAGAGAGACAGAGAAGGCCGGGGGGGCAGUAGCAGCUGUAGAUCCAAAACCCCCUCUGCCUCAUCAUCCCUCUCCUCCUCCUCGGGGAAAGCAAACACAGUAGUCGGUGCGAUCAUGUUUGACUCCAGUGAACUCUCAGAUGACGGGGAGGCGGUAAGCCCUGAAACCAACCUCCGCUGCUUGGUCAAUUUCUUCAGAACCAUGGGUUACCAGCAGGAAGUGGUGGAGCGUGUCGUCAAGAAGACGGGACACACCGAAGAUACCUUCCUCAUUCUGGAAAAAAUCGUUGAGGAAACCAAGCGUUGUGAAGAGGGGUCAAAAGGAGGGGGAAAAGAAAGACAAUUGAACUCUUCGCGCCCCCCGGACACUCCCUCGUCGUCCUCCUCCUCCUCGUCCACGGUCUCUCGACCCAGAGAGAAGGAGCCCGAGCUGAGCCGGGUGUUGGUCGACCCGGCCAGGUCCAAGGAGAACAUUAAGCCCAAUCAGCACGGAGGCAGUAGCAACGGUCUGGGGCACCGGAGGCAGUGCAGCGGCAGCGAGACCAGCACGCAGCAGGCCAUCACUAUCAAGAGGAGCUCCAGUGCUCACGGGGGAGCAGGAAACUACGAGGUCAUUACCAUUGACGAUGACGAUGAUGUCCACCCCACGAUGAAAACAGCGGACAGUAGGACAUCCCGGAUGAUGACAGUGCCACACCUGGACACCCAGUCAGGAUCCAGAACAGACUACCUGGCGCGUGGAGGGGGACAGCGGGACUACUUGUCUCGGGGUGGGACUCAGACUCUGGGAGGAUCAGUGAAGGUUGAGACCGUGACAGCGCUGCGCAGCACGCCUCAAUGGCUGACCGCCACCACCACGUCCUUAGCUUCGACCCCCAGUUCAGCUCAGCCCAUCGCCUGGCCGUCGGCCUCUCCCUAUCAGACCAUCGGCCACACGGGGUUUCACGGGGGCGGAGCCAGGACUCCCCCCGCAAACGACCCCCCAGUGCCCCCGGUGACUGGCUUUGCUCGUUUCCACCAGUCGCUGAGGACUCCCUACACUCUGAAGCUGCCAAAUGAGCCGGGACGCCAGGAGCUCAGGCACAUCAUCAUAGAUGGCAGCAACGUGGCGAUGGCUCACGGUCUUCAUCGGUUCUUCUCCUGUCGAGGAAUAGCGCUGGCUGUGGAGACCUUUUGGAGGCGGGGCCACAGGGAGAUCACCGUGUUUGUCCCCCAGUGGCGUCAGAAGAGAGACCGACUCACAACAGAGCAACAUUUUUUAAACCAGCUAGAAGACCUGAGACUGCUCUCCUUCACUCCCUCCAGAGAGGUGUGUGGCCAGAGGAUAUCCUCACACGACGACAGGUACACACUGCAUUUAGCCGAAAAAACAGGUGGGAUCAUUGUCACCAACGACAACCUGCGGGACUUUGUCAGUACGUCGGACACCUGGCGCAGGAUCAUUCAAGAGAGGUUGCUUCAGUUUACAUUUGUGGAGGACCACUUCAUGAUUCCUGAUGACCCUCUGGGGAAAAACGGACCUCAUCUAGACCUCUUCCUGCGUAAAGACAACAGGAUGGCUCCAGCCACUCCCCCCCCUCUGAGGCCCCCAGACCUCCGGCCGUCCUCCCGGCAGCAGCCUGUUUACGUCCAGGCCCUCCAUUCGGCUCCCCGGACCCCCGGGCCCACGCCCCGGCCCCCUACCUCCUUGAUGCCCCACUCCACUGUGCACUGGCCCCACUCGGGUCCACCCGAGUGGCACCCGCCCCGCCGUUCCCCUUCCCCCUCGCCCUCAACCCCUCCCCAGCGGUCGCCGGGGGAGACGUCAGAGCUGAAGAGAAAGCUGUACGACAUCUUCCCCGACCAGAAGCAACGGAUCGACCGCAUCCUCAGCGACAACCCGUACAUGAGAGACCUGAACGCCCUGUCUGGCCUGCUGCUGGGAUAGAUGACAAUCAGCAGACACACGCAGUGCAUAUGCAAGAAUAUACACGUCACGCAUCAAAAUAAUUUAUUUGACCAUUUCUUCCGGCCUGGAGGGCGUGGAAAGCUUGAUUUUGAUUUGAAUAUAAUUUAUACACGAAGACUGAUCAUCAAACUAGCUGCUAUUGGCAAGAAGUAUUUCUUUAAUGAUUUUUUUUCCCCCUCUCCUUCUUUUUUUGCCCUGAAAUUGAUUUAAGGUGAACAACUCCGGUGUCUACAGAACCAAAAUGUUAACAUAUUGCCAUAUUUGUCAAGCAGCAAAGUCUAUAUUGUUCAGGUGGUCCUACAUUAUUGCAGAUCCUCGACAACAAUCCAGAUGUUCCUUGAAUGUGGGAGAAAAUAGUCUGGAGGGAGUGAACUGGUCCCGUUGGUGACGCAUGGUGGCGCUCCGUGUUUACCCUCAGACUCUUAACACCCAAUAUACAAGCUCUGAGCUUUUUAUGGAAAUCAUUUGGGACAUCGGUUUUGCAAUUUUGUUUUAAUGUUUUUAACAUAUUAGUUACACACUUGUUCUGAAUUCACUGAUACGCAGUGCCACGUUAUUGAGCUCACUGUCAGUAAGCAGUUUGGAGUCAUCAACAGGAGUACCACUGGGUUUGUUCCUUGGCAGUUUACUUUGAGGAAAUAUGAUGAGAUCGCUAGCUUUAGCAUCAUAAGCUUUAGCAUCAUCGCUAUUAAUGACUAUUAUAAAUCCCCCAAAUCCAUAUUUGCAUAGUAGACACUGCUUUGCAUCAAAUGACUUCAGACAUGUCAAUAUAUAUAUAUAUAUAUAUAUAUAUAUAUAUAUAUAUAUAUAUAUAUAUUAAAGCAGUGCUGCCCAUCUCUCACUUUAAAAUCUUAUCUGGAUAUCUCGGCCUUUACUCCAGAAAUUAUUGCCUGUCUGGAUCAAAUUUUUUUUCAACUAACAUAUGAAAAGAUUUUUUUUUUUUUUUUUUAAAGGACCAUUCUUUUUCAGUCAGAAAUUGUAGUGCUUUAAAAUGUCAUUUCUUGACAGAAAUUAGCUCAGUGAUCAGAAGGAAAUGAUGGUGUCUUUGAAUCCCAUCACUUCUCUGUCCUUGGAGACCUAUUCUCCGGGAGCUCCGUUGCUUCUCGAGCCCGCCGUACUUUAAUCCCUGCCAAGCUGCAGAGAACUCGGCUGCUGAAACUGAACUUGCUGCUCUGAGACUGCAUAUCUGAUUGAGACCAGGAUUUGGAGUUUGGUUGAAUCUGUUCCCGCCAUCGGUUGUUCCAGUUGGAUACACCGUUACCUGCGUUUCCAGGAGGAUGCAGUCACUAGUUCUACAUCUGCAUUUUGUUCUAAGAUGCUCUGAAAUAUCCACCUCCAUCUUUCGGCGAUACAUACGUCAUUCCACUACACUACUAGAGUUUGGAUUCCUCCUUCCUUGAUAGUUAAAUGACCGACCUUACAUUUUAAAAUACAAUCCAUACGUUUGCUCACCGGAAGAACAUUUUACAAAGACGACAGAUAUACCGAAGUUACAUUUGUAAUUAGUGUUUAAUAGCUGAAUUUAUCAAUGCACUGAAGGUAUGAAGGGUGUAGUGUGUGUGUGUGUGUAUGUAAAACAAGGUUUCACUGAUGAAUUAUCAGGAAGCUUGUUUUUUUUGUUUUUUUACCCUCCUACACCCGGAGAACGUGGGCCGCAGCUUGCAUAUUUGACGUGCAUCUGAGUUUUGGUAUAUACAAACACUUUAUCUCCUUGUAAGAACAAAAAAAAUCUCUGCACAAAAACUUUACAAGGGGUCAGAAUCAUUUUGUUCGUACGUUGCUAUGUUGUUGUAAGGAUUGCUGAAGGAUUUCCACUUUUGUUGUAUUAUAAUUCUUUUGUGUGUAUCGAUUGCUUUUUUUGUAAAUACAAGCAUUUUGGCUACGGUGCACAUAUGGUUUCAUGUUUGUGGAAAAACGUAAUAAAUGCAGCAGUCCCCAUCCAACUUU